UUCAAAUUCGACCAGGAUAGAAGACCUGCAUGAAAACUAGCUAAGGCUGAUAUGGCUUCCUGAUAAAAUAUAUGGAAACCAGACUGUAGAUGAAUUCCUCGAUUCCACGAAUACUCACACGGCUGUUUGUGUAAAAUCGUUGCAAAUGAAACGUGGAGUGUAUUCAAUGUAUUCAAGGUAAUUUCUGGACAAGACGGCUCUAGCCGACAACAAAUUAAAAUUUCACACCGUUCUUUACGUUUCGCCAAUUGCUUCUGAGAUCAAGUUUAAACUGCCUACUUUCUUUAAGCGCUUUCUUUUGCCAACUAGUUUACUUUACAUUUUAUUUCGACCACAAUUUUUCUUAACGCAUGCUGAAUACCUGGUGACAUUUAGAAAAUAACUGGCGAUUGGGCCAAUGAUCUGCAUUCUCUUCUCCGUUGUCGCGAAAAAUAGGGGUGUUGAUUUUGGCGAGACGACGUAAAAGCAAAGAUUAAAAAAAGGGCUAGAAAAUUAGUGUAAUCGCAGGUUAUUUACGGAAGAGAAGUAAAUAAGUCUCAUGGAAAAAAAGCGCCAGGGUUUAACUUAAUAGACAGGCUGAUGGCAAGUGAUCGCGUAACCGCUGAAUUUGACUGUGGGUGUAUCUGACCAGCGUCGUGCGCGAGCAAAUUUCAAACACGCAAAACAUGCGUGUUCGCAUCACACAAUGACGGUUGGACGUGGAAUGUCGACGAGCCAAUCAGAGCGAAGCAUCAGCAGGUACCUUAGCAGAUCGUUGAGAAAACAUGUUUUGAAAAAAAUAGCUUUACUCUCUAGAGAACACACAACUGAAAAACGUUCCUAGAGAGAAGAUAUCAAGAAGUUCAAAAUGUCGACAUUAACGACAAAUUUUGUUCCACAGCCGGCGGUUUACAGAACGUCAGUGGAUCGAUCGUUGAAGAAGUCAAGACUAGCGAAAGAUGUUCCUUUACCGGAAGUUCCAAAAGUAAUCGACAACGGAAACGGGAGACGCUACUUUCGUGGUCGAUUACUCGGCAAGGGUGGAUUCGCCCGUGUCUACGAGGUCACCGAUAUGUCCACCAAUAAAGUUUACGCUCUGAAAGCUGUACCAAAGGCUAAACUCACAAAGUCUGCAGACAGGUAUAACAAGAUUGAAACGGAAAUUGAACUUCAUAAGAGUCUUCGGCAACGUCACGUGGUCGGUUUUCAUGGCCAUUUUGAAGACGAUCAACACGUGUACAUAUUACUAGAGCUCUGCAGCCGGAAGUCCUUAGUGCAGACGCUCAAAAACCGUGGAAAGCUAACGGAACCCGAAGUGCGAUACUUAAUGUAUCAAGCCGUACAGGCCUGCUCGUAUCUGCACGCCCAACGUGUGAUACAUCGUGACAUCAAAGUCGGUAACUUUUUUCUCAAUGCUGACAUGGAAUUGAGGCUUGGUGACUUUGGCUUAGCAGUGAGGCUGAAGGAAGGCGAAAAGAAGAUCAAGACAAUGUGUGGUACACCAAACUACAUUGCUCCAGAGGUUCUGACUAAAGAAGGGCAUAGUUACGAAGUGGAUACGUGGGCUUUAGGCUGUGUCAUGUACACACUGUUAAUUGGACAUCCCCCUUUUGAAACGAAGUCUUUAAGAGAGACCUACAAUCGAAUAAGAAACAAUGAAUACACGAUUCCCUCUCGUAUUUCGGACAGCGCGGCGAAGCUCAUUCAAAAAAUGCUACACGCAAACCCCGCCAAGAGGCCGUCGCUUAGUGAGAUUCUCGCCGACGAAUUUUUCAAGAAAGGAUUCUUCCCAAACCGACUUCCAGCCUCAGUGGUGACAACAUCGCCCAAGUGGUCUGAAUACGAGAAGAACGGAGAUUCCGAGAAGAAAAUAUCUAAAGAAGCGAUUAAAAAAAUAUCAAUGGCUUUGUCGCGACAAAUGACACUUGGUACGGACGAGAACGAGGAUACACUGGGAAAAGAUUGUUACACCGAAGCAGUGAAUAACGAGGACAUUGGGAAACCGGUUUCUUCAAGUGAAAAAGACAGUGGAUUAAGUGAAAUUAAUGAAAGCUCGUGUAAUCGGGAUACAGGACAAGAAGGUCAGAAAAGGCUAAAAUACUUUCCGCCGGAUAACUUGAUGUCCAAACUUUCCAACUGCUUGGAAUGCCUUGAAGAACGCCAACAGACAACUCCCUGCAAAUCUUCAGAACCAGGAGCGAAAAGGCCCCCCUGUCACUCAUCGGGAAAUAUUAAGAAAUCCGGGGGGACGCUACUGCGCGAUGCACCCAAGUCUUUAUUGGUUACGAAGUGGGUUGAUUACAGCAAUAAAUAUGGAUUUGGAGCCCAGUUGUCGGAUGGGAGUGUCACUGUCAGGUUUAAUGACUGCACUAAGAUAGCACUCUCGCCUGGUAAAAGUACUGUGCAUUAUUGCGAUCAAGUGAACAACGCAUGUCAGUUUAGGGCGUCCGCUGUACCGACGAACUUACAGGCUAAGUUUAUGCUGCUCAGUUACUUUGCGAAUUACAUGGACAAGCAUUUGUUGAAGGUACGCUUCCUUAUUAAGAUCAAAUAAGGUUCACAAAUUCGAGGGAGAUCAACGUGGCUGGCUCAUGGUCAGUAGGCCGAACAGCGAGAGGUCUGGGUUCGAGCCCAGUUGGGUUGAUCUUGUCACGGUAUGCUGUGACAAGACUCUUAUUUCUCACAAUGGUAAAUGCCUCACUUUACCAAGGAGUACAGGUAUAAAUGGGUAUGAAUUAGUUUCUUUUGAUAUUACAAGUCUGAAGGAGGCUGAUGUAGAUUUUGGAAAAAAAUUCUCGCCUAAAAAAUUGGAAAGCGCGAGCUGAAGGUUUUUCAGUUUUGCUACAAUAUGUUGCGAUCAUUUCCAUUCAUUCCUGCCUUUAUCUUCCUCGCUUCCAAACUGAUUUUUAACAAGAAUUCUGUUUUUCUCAGUAUAAUGUUUUUUUUUUCAAAAUAAAAUUAAUGUUAUUUGCUGGUUCAGCCUGGGACCCAGUCCUUCGCUCUCUCGUACUCUAUUUUGGCGCGAAAUGUCAUGACAUCAUUCUCGUCUCCAAGGCUACUCGUCUUAAAACACGUGACCAAAAGAA